AUGCCCGACAUCAAGGCUCUCGUCGAGCGGGGAAUAGCAAAGCUGCCGGCGUUCACGCAGCGCCCGGUGAACUACGUGUGGCGGCGCGUGCAGCGGCACUGGUGGCUCGACAAGCGCAGCCGGCUGGUUGAGGAAGCGCUCGGGUUCCGGUACACGUUGCCGGACGUGUUCUUUGACUGGAUCGGGAUGAUCGAGCUGCUCUGGCUGACGGACAUGUUCGACGCGCUGAUGUUCGUGCCAACGGCGCUGCUGGUGGUAACGCACGAGCGGCCGUGGCGGGUGAUCUCGCGGAUGGGGUGCGCGUGGUCGCUGGCGUCGCUGAUUCGGAUUACGACGGUGGCGAUUACAUCGGUGCCUGACCCGCGGCCAUCGUGCGAGUACGUGGUGGGCAAUGUCUUCACGACCUUCACGCUGCACCGGUGCGGCGACGCCAUCUACUCUGGACACACCCUGAUCUUUGUGAUCUCGGCAAUGGCGUGGUCGUCGUUCUCGCCGCGCAACUGGAUCGGCCGCGGGCUGACGUUCUUCGUCUGGUGCCUGUGCAUUGCCGGCUCGCUGAUUGUGAUUGCGAACCGCGCCCACUACACAAUCGACGUAUUGCUGGCGUGGUAUAUUGCGCCUGGGUGCUGGUAUGUGGCGGCAUGGUUCUGGUACUGGCAUGUGACGAAGAAGGGUCGGCUGCUGCGGAUCGAGUUCCCCAUGGAGGUCGGCAGGCAUCGCAUGAAGGACUCGCCCGAGAUGGUCGAGCGCCGCCGGGUCAUGCUUGGCCUGAUGCCUGACGGCACGCCCGGCGAGGUCGAGCUGACGCCGCCGCUGUGCGAGGUUGCGCCAAGCACUCUGCAGACCGAGAAGCGCGGCGACUCGGCUGGCAGCCUCGUCACCAACAACGAGGAGAAGAAGGUCGAGGAAGGUGUGGUUACGGGGGCCGAUGGCUCAAUGGGCUCUGGUCGCACGCCCGACACGCAGCGCCUGGGCGACGCCUUCGAUGAGGACUUUAAUGCCAGCGCCAGACACAAUGUCUAA